ACUUGUUCAUUUUAUCUCAACCUACUCAGAUAUAGUUUAAUUCUGAAAGACUUCAAAAUUGUUGAAAAAUUAAUGGGACAACGUUUGGAUGCAUCAAUUGUUAUCGAUGAGGAAGAACAAAUUGGGGAAAAUGCAUCCCAGGAAGAAACAAACAAAAUCGUAGUGAAAUUGAAGGAUUUGGAAGCAGAAAAUGAAGUAUUCUUCAAGAUUGAGACUGACAUUCCUCUUCGUUGGGUAAUGUUUAGAUACUGCGAUAAUGCAAAAGUGGAUUUCCAGAGCACUAGAUUUGAGUUUAAUGGUGCUAAAUUACGGGAAACGGAUACUCCCUUUCAACUUGGCAUGCGUCUCAAUGAUGUCAUUGAUGUCUCCUCUUCUUCUGUUGAUGGGAGUAGUUCUGCUGGACAUUAUGUAACUCUUUGCAUCCGCAUGCAUAAGGAGAAAGACAUAUUUUAUAGAGUGAGACGCUGUGCGCCUCUACUGCCGCAGUUUUUGCAAUGUUUACCUAGUGUUGCACUUCAAGAAGAUCGCUUUUUAAGCUUUGCUUACGAAGGAUUAAAGUUGCAUCAGUUUCAUACUGCUGAUCAACUAGAUAUGCGGGAUGGUGAUGUAGUUGAUGGCUUUGAUUUUAACAAAAUGAGAUCUUCAUUGAGUACAAAUACGCCACUUCUUAAUCUUAAGGUGGUGAAUCAAAGUACUGGUUUUAAGGCCGACUUCACAGUUUCUCAAAACACACUUUUGUGUAGGCUGAUGGAUAUAUUCUGCCAGGCCGAGGAUGUCACAGGCUUGAAAUUUUUUGGCCCAACAGGAAGAACGCUUUCUGCUCAUAAAACGGUGCAUGAGGAACUACUGAAGCAUGGUGAUACAAUUUCUGCCGUGCUACUUCUAAGGGAAAAUUAACCUUUUCUGGUGGAUGGAUUCUGCACUGUAUAUAUUGAUUGCAGUUCUAGUGAAAGCAAGAAUUACUCUUAUAAGAAAAUCUGGCUGUUAGUACUUUUCAGGCCGGCACUUUCUCGGACCUGCCAUCAGGCGAAAUCAGGCCGUCAAGUGGAGGUUCGGUCUGUUGAACACCAGUACACCACUGUCCACUACCUUUUUCUUUUGGUUGUGUGCUGUUUCUUCUUUUGGUGUGCUAUAGCUUUUAUUCUGAACUCAAACUUUAUUUAUAUAGUUCGUUUUGACCUACAUCUUUACAUGGUUCAAUAGUUGUCAUAUAUUUAUACUUCUAUAAACUUGCUAAUGGCAUGUAUUUUCCCCACUCCAAUUAAUAUUCGCACUCCGUUUUGUGAUCGAGGCAUAAAAAACUUUGCAUUAAUGGCGCGUGGGAUGUUUACACAAAUGAGAUUUGGAAGUUCAGUGAGCUGUUUGAAAGUUCAGAGUUCGUGUUGUGCUAAAGAAAGUGUUGAGAAUUGUAAUUCCGUUCAUAAAUUGUUUAAUGAGGCGGUCUUAGUAUGAGACAUCAUACACGAGUUAAAUAACCUAACUUAUACAACUUAUGAGAACAUGAAUUCUUUGUUUUGAGGUUGUUUCUUUCAUCAGACUACAGCUUCGGAUGGAGUCAGGCUGCCUAAACCUAACCAGAGAUAGGUCGUGUCUCGUACUUGAUCAACUCUAGUAUAUACCAUCUCAAUUCUCAAGUACUUACGGCUGACUGCUGAUA